AAAAAAAAAAAGGAGCCAUGGUGUCUUUGGUUACAAAUGGACGAUCGUCCGUAUGAGAAGUCCUUCUCCCAAUUCCGUCCUGGCUACUGCAUCUGCAGUAGGAGUAGCUUCAGAAAAACAUGAAAUGUCGUUGUGGCUUUUUGCAGCGGCCCUUGCGUGUGGAAUAUGGUAUUUCUUUAUCAUCCUCGUCCAGGCCAUUGGCUUCACCCAAUUAUUCCGCUCUUACUCCUCGAAGCCAAAACCUGCUGUUUCUCCCAAGUUAAACCCAGAUGAUAUCCCGCAUGUUACCAUUCUGCGACCUGUUAAGGGGCUCGAACCGCAAUUAUACGAGUGUCUUGCGGCCACCUUCCACCAGGAAUAUCCACGAGAGAAAUUGACCAUCUACUUCUGCAUAGAAUCGGUCAAGGAUCCUGCGUAUCCAGUCUUGCAACGUCUGCUGGCAGACUUCCCGUCGUUCGAUACAAAGAUCUUCCUCGAGGAGGAGGAUCCGAAUCUCAGUGGCCAUGGAGGGGAAAUAACCAACUUGGGCCCCAAUCCCAAGAUUAGGAACAUGAGCAGAGGAUACCGGGAAGCAAAGGGAGACGUUGUCUGGAUCAUUGACUGCAAUGUUUGGAUUGGGCGCGGGGUUGCUGGUCGAAUGGUUGACAAGCUCUGCGGCUUCAAAGCGGAUGGGUCACGAACCACGCCCUACAAGUUUGUUCAUCAACUGCCUCUGGUCGUGGACAGUGUUAGUGCCAGUGCUGGGGAAGAGGCUCGAGGAAUCUUAAGACCUGAGCACAACAAAGAACAUCAAGUCUCGUCCACCAGCUCAGCAGCAUACAGUAUCUCCUCCACUCCCAAGAACGAAUCCCAGUUGUCUAGCAUCCUCCGAAUCCGUGGCGGGCGUCUUGAGGAGAUGUUCAUGGCAUGCUCUCACGCCAAAUUUUAUACCGCAAUCAACACCGUCGCUGUUGCUCCCUGCAUUGUUGGUAAGUCCAACAUGUUCCGGCGCUCACAUCUCAACUACCUCACCUCGGGCGCCUCACCGUACUCGCCGGGUAUUGAUUUCUUCUCCGAAAACAUCUGCGAAGACCAUCUCAUUGGCGAUCUUCUCUGGCGCAAGAAAGUCGCUGGCGAAGUAGCAGGAGAGAAAUGGAAGAAACACGGUCUGGUGCUUGGGGAUCUAGCAAUUCAACCUAUGGCUGGCAUGUCGGUGCGAGAAUACAUUGCACGCCGUGUACGCUGGCUGCGGGUUAGAAAGUGGACUGUGACAUUGGCUACUUUCGUAGAGCCGGGCGUAGAACCAUUCCUGUGUUCGGUAUACGGAGCCUUUGCUCUCACCACACUCCCCUGGUUCCCCUUCAUCCCACAAACAUGGUCCGCCUUUGCCAUUCUCUGGCUCGCCAGCGUGAUAACAUGGAUGUUGCUAGACUCCCUCGUCUACGCAAAACUGCAUUCCGGGUCCUCCGUCGAACUCGAUGUCGACACACCCUCAUUUGCCAUUCCUUAUAUCGGAAGGUCACGUCGAUCGCUCAAAGAGUGGGUGCUUGCUUGGCUUGGACGAGAGUUUCUUGCGCUUCCUAUCUGGAUUUGGGCUUGUUUAGGAGGAACGACUGUUAUGUGGCGUGGGAAGAAGUUCUAUGUUGGCUUGGAUAUGAAGGUCAAAGAAAUCAAGGACGAGAAAAAGACAUCCACUCCAAGGGCGGCGAAUGGAAGCGCGAAGGGUAAAGGUAGAUUGGAUUGAUGAUACGAACUUGCAGUACCUAGUGCUCAGACUUGAUACGUUCUUCAUCCUUUCAUUUUGCUCUUGGUCUUUUGAAUUCAACGCUGCCCCAAGUCAGAGCAUGCCUAGGACAUCGCGUCGUUUCUCUGCGAGAACUCUCUGUUUCUUUGCUUACUCUCACGUCAAUCGGACUAUGAAUAGACUUACGCGCCCUCUCAAAUAUGCACAGUUGUCAGAAAGGUUUGAGUAGUUGGAGUUGGGCUGGAGAGACCGGGGAAGCUGCCUUUUUGAUUCUCUGUGUUAUGCGUUGAGUUACUAGACAGUUUUCUACUCACGAUAGGAUGAUGUGUAUAUCUUUAUAGAAGUUAAAUACCCUCAUGC